AGCGCGUGCAGACGCUGCUGCAGGACUACAAGCACCACGACAAGUUCACAAACACUUUCCAGGCUUUCAGGGUGCUGAGGGCCUACGGGGUGCGGGAGUACUACCGGGGAUUGGUGCCCAUCCUGCUGCGGAACGGGCCCAGCAACGUGCUCUUCUUCGGGCUGCGCGGGCCCAUCAAGCAGAGUCUGCCCGAGGCCACCUCGUACAGCUCUCACCUGGUCAACGACUUCAUCUGCGGGGGGCUGCUGGGCGCCCUGCUGGGCUUCCUCUUCUUCCCUGUGAACGUGGUAAAGACUCGCAUGCAAGCUCAGAUCGGUGGCGAGUUCCAGUCCUUCUCCAAGGUGUUGGCGAAGAUCUGGCUGGAGCGCGACAGGAAGGUGAUGCACCUGUUCCGAGGAGCCCACCUGAACUACCACCGCUCUGUGCUGUCCUGGGGGAUCAUCAACGCCACCUACGAGUUCCUGCUGAAGCUGCUGUGACCCGUCCUGCUCGAGGGGCACCAGCGCUCGUUGUCCCAGGGAGCAGUGCCUGUGCCUCCUGUGACACAGGUAAUUCCUCCCAGCCUUCCGUAUUUAUGGGGUGAAUGGUGAUACAUUUAAACCUUGGUGCAAUUAUGACGAACUUCUUAAAGUAUUCCUUUGCUGGCAGGUGAGUUUACCCAUAACAGAGCUACCAGACAAACACAAGGUGUAAAAGAGGAAAGAAUAGUCUGUUAUCACUCCCAAAAUUGCGCUAUGCUCUGUGGUGGGAUGCACUCCACUGCCCAUGUUUAGAACAUGAGAAUCAAGGAGGAGCUGAAGAAAAACAAUUCCAUUGCCUGAUCAUCUUCCCAGUCUCGAUUUUGGAACUGCAUUUUCAGAUGCUUUGGGGUCCUCAUUACUUUGUGUGAAGCUCAGAGGACAGAUACACAAGGGGAUGGCUGAAGUGCAGAGCUCCCAGCUGCACCUCGGCCCGCUGCAGCCGCUGCAGGGUGCAGCCUGUGGUGACCACGUCCUCCAGCCGUGGCACUGAACGUGUGACCUCAGCCAGGCUGGAUCUGUGUGUGUGUGUGUGUGCGUGUUUGUACGUGUGCCUUCCUGUCAAAAGGGAAAAGUGGAAGGAAUGGGACAGCAAACUCACUAAAGCUUUAAAGUGUCCUUCCUCGUUAAAAAACAUGGAGUUUGUUCUGCUUUUUUCUGAGGACUUUUUAUUUUUUAAUUGCUGCUUUUUCUGUUGCCUCCAGCUGCAGGAGCAGGGAGGUGUCCCUGUGUGUAAGGGCACUCCAGCUCCUGCAGCUGCUCAAGCACUUCAUGGGCUUUUUGCACUGCCACAUCUUGUCUUUUCUCAGCUCCCUCUGUGGAGUUAGCGGUCACGAGGUGUUUGUGACACCCAGAACUCGGGGAUCUGCCUGCUCGGCGUGUGUUGUGUUAAAGGUUCUGGCACACAGGAGUGGCACAGGCAAGGUGGGAGAGUCCUGGGUGACCUGCUUCACUGGGGGUCUGCAGGUGGAGUGGAGACGAAAAGCCAAAGAUGACCUUGGAAGCAGGGAGCAGGAAAGGUGGAGUGCUUGGAGACGUGUUUCAGGACUUCUGCUGGCAAGCAGUGAAAGGAACUGACAGAAAUCUGUGUCUUACACAGGAGUUCAGAGAGAGGAGACUUGAGGCUUUAGAUACAGGGACAGAGGAGCGAGCACAACCCUGAGCUGGAUGAGGGUCCCAGCAAAAGUGUUUGAGUCUCCCUGAGGGCUUCCUCUUCACUUAAACUCUACGUUCACAUAUAAACCAAAACACUUUGGAUGAUAGGGAGCAGCAAAGCUUUCAGACACUGCUUUGAAUUUAGUCUUUUCUUAAGUCUUGGAGGGGCUACUGCUUUUCUGAAUUUGAGUUUUCCGUUUGCUAAAACUGUCUUCCAGAAUCAAUCCUAAUCAGCGUGUUGUAAUCAUACAGUCCUGAGCUUCAGACAGUGUGGGUGGGCACAAGCGCGAGUUCCUGCAUCCCAGUGGUGAUUAUCCAUCUAAAUAAAAUGUUUACUGGAUGUUUGUUACUGGCAGAAUCUGAUUUUUACCAGUGUACCUUCUUUUUGUAAUCACUCCUUGAUGGAAUAAAAGCAAAAUCUGCAUCCUGUUUCUCUGUG